CUUAACGAGACCACUGACCCAACCUAUUCAACUAAUGCUGAUGAGACAGAUGUUACUUUAGAGAGAAGAUAAGUACUCAAUAAGUACUCAUACUCAAUAAAUGGAAUUCUACUUGCUCACAGUUUGCAUCCUUAUCGGAUGUCAAACAUCUUUCUUGAAAUGUCCCAUAUUAUCUCCCCUUGAAGAAAACAAGUAUAAUGAAAACCCUGUAUGGCAAUUUAAAAAAAGAUAUUCAAAGCAAUGCUGUGGUCUGCACCUCCAAUGCUGCUGAAGAAAUAGAGAUUCCCAAGACUACAGAGGGCCUAACUAUAACUAUUAAUAGAACCUCCACCCGUAUUGCUGACCAAACUGAAACUGAUCCAGUUUAUAUUAAUAUGGCUUGCCAAACUAUCCAGCCCAAAUCUUCAGAGUGCCUUAUUGAAAGCAUCUAUAAAAUACCUACAAACAAUGCUGUCCGAAUUUUCCAGCCCAAGACUUUAGAGAGUCAAACUGCAACUAUUAGUAGAAUCUCUACCUGUGUUGCUGACCAAACUCUUAAUGGUUCCAAAUGCCCAACUGAAACUGAUCCAGUUUAUAUUAAUAUGGCUUGCCAAACUACUGUCAAUGAAAUGAAUAAAUGAAAACAUUUGAGCAGCCUUAAAUAUACUGAAAUUUUAUUCUACAAAAAUGUAACUUCCUUCAGAAUGAAAAAAAAAACAAGUUUUGGGCAAUUAUAUGGAAAAAAAAACAAGUUUGGGACAAUUUUAAAAAUGUCUGAUUCAGGUCUUUUUGAAUGAUUAUUGUGUUUUUUUAAUUUUAAAAUAAUUUUAAUGUGUGUUUUAGAUCUAUAUGUUAUCACUGUAAAAUUGAGUUGUUUAAUUUCAUAUGCAUAAGUCUUGUUAAGUUGUUCAGUAUUUCAUAGAGAUAUUUCCUUUUGAUACCAUCAUAAGCGAUUUAAGUUGAUGUACUAGUACAUUGUUUUCUUGACAUUUUUUUUAGUUUGUAUUUAUGUUAUGAGUGCUGCUUUCAAUCUGUUAGUAUUACUUCUUCCAAAAUUCUUGAUAGUGGUUAGUCUAAUUGUGAAUUCAGGUUUUUUCCUCCAUUUUUAGUAGCUCUGUUGUAAUUUUGGUCCUCUCCUGAUGCUUUGUAAUUUUUUAUUUCUGAUGUUUAAAUUAGAGUUGGUGAGUUUAUAGUGUUGGUAGGUUUAUUGUGUUGGUGGCUGUUCAUAUUUUCCUUUGUCUCCAUCUUGUUUUAUUUAGGAACUCCUCAAAGUAUUCAGCCCAUUGUCAAUGACCCUUCUGUUUUUUUUGUGACGAGGACACCAUUAUAGUUCUCAUACAUGUGUGAUCUUGCUUGAAAUCCAUUCUUGUCAUCUCUUAUUUUCAUGCCAUUUCCUCUCGCAUCAAGGUUCUCAAUGAGUGCUUUUUGUUUUGUUUUUAUUGCCUCAUUUUUAUGCUUUCUGACAGAUUUUGUAACCCUUCGCCUUGCUUCUUUGUACUGCUUUCUUUCUUUAGCAUUAUUUGUCUGUUCAAUAUACCUGCAUUCUAUAUGUCAGACUCUCCUUUUCUUUUGCUUAAAUCCAACCAUGUCAUCUGCUUUACUUUUAAUUGCAUGUUGUUGUUUUUUUAUUGCUCAUUUGUUAUAAUUAGGAUUACCCCUGUUGUUGUGCUUCAACAAUUUAUCUUUUGGUCUGUGAAUUCUAGUAUAUGCUUCAUUUAAUUGGAGUGGCCAGCUUUAAAUUCCUUCCCAUACACACUUCUGGCCUGUGAACUGUUCUCACGUAACAUUUUGACCCAAUAUUCCCUAUCCAAUUUCAAUACUCUUCUAAGAUAUUACUUUAAAUUAGAGUGGCUCACUUAUAUUGACCUUCCAUACACAAACACAUCCUUCUGGCCGUUAUUUUUUUUAAACACCACCCCAACACACAAAAUAAAAUAUCUAUAUCUGCAUUUUCUUUUUAAAACAUUUUACACACAUAAAAAAAAUUUUGUCCUAGCUUUGAUAGAAAAAAAAAGAUUGUUUUCAUAUAAUGUCUACAAAAACAAGUUAGGGGCCACAUACUGCCAUUGAAAUUUACUUUCAAAAGGAGUUUUUUUUUUUAAAUGGUGAUUAAAACAGAAAGAAGAAUAAAAUUGUCUUUUUGUUAUAGCAACUUGAAGAUAAAAUUGGGAAUGAAACAUCAUUUUAGGAAGUUUUAAUGGCUGUAGUUUCCAUUUGUGAACUGGCUUAGUUGUUCUAGGGACAAGUUAAGUAAUAACAAGUUAAAUUUGUAUUUUUUUUAGUUCACCACAAUUGGGGUACCGUAACUAGUGAAUGGUGAGGGAAUCAGUAAGUGCCCUUAGAAUUAUAGUCUAGAUUGUAAUUGUCCUUUUCCAAUGCUGUUAGAUGUAUUAGGAAUUCUUAAGUUUCUGCAUCAAGUGGGUCUAUCAUGAGUUUUUGAGUAUCAUAUUGCUGUGCUACUUUGGUUCUUGUAUAUUUUACUUUUACUCUUUGUCUAAAUUUAGCUUUGGCUACUAGAUGGUCUGCAUCUGUUUCUCUGAAACUUCUUACAUGAAAUACAUCAAAUCUACAUCUUUUAUUUAUGAUUAUCCAUUUAUGAUCUAUUUGAUUUUUCCAUCAGGUGAGAUCCAUGUUGCUUUGUACAUUUUCUUAUGCCGGCAUUUAGUGCUACAGAUAGACAUUCCUUUUCCUCAGGCCAAACCCAGUAAUGUUAGAUCAUUAUUAUUUGCCUCUUCAUAUAAGUUUUCUUUGCCGAUUAUUUGUCAGAAGGCGAAUUCUUUUCCAAUUUUGGCAUUGAAAUCUCCUAGAACUAUUUUGAUGUCCUGCAGUGUUGCCUUGUCAUAAAUUCUUCUAGUCCAUCAUAGAAGGCUUAUUGUGUGAUCAAUGCUUUUUCCUUCAACGUUUAGGGCGUUUUAUUAUAGCCUAAACAUUUUUUUAAAAUUAACUUUAUAUUAUUCAUAUUUGUUUUAGCUUUCCCAACAAUAUUUUUUUUUAUAUGACUGUUGUUAACCCUGCGCACAACCAGCUGGGGGUGGCCUAUUAAGCUCUCUGGAUAGCUGCCUUUACUUUCAGUUAAGGUGCCAUAAUCUUUGUGGAUCCUUCCUUUUCAUACAGGCAGCAGGUUUGAUUUUGGUAUAUCAUAAGUAUUUUAUUUCUUCGAUAUUUGCCAUAUCUGAAGAGCAUUCCCCUAUUUGCCACCUGAGUAAAAGUUUGAUGGGAGAUCAAAGACUCCAGAUGAGAAAAGUUCCAUCUUGAUUUAAUUGUGAUCCUUCAGUUGUGAAACUACUAUAUGGAAAUGAAUCCCUGUGCAAUGGCAAUGGUCGAAACUAUAUCUCCUCAGCAGUUUCCCUCUCUCCAAGCAACUGAUCUAGAUCCAAAGGAACAGCAAGUGUCGAUACAAGAUCAGUCGCCUCACAGGCUUUAUACUUUCUGUCUUUCUACUUCUGCUGAUGAAUUUCAGAAUUAUGGCCCUUGAAGGCCUGAUUGUUAAUUUGUUUACCAACAUUGCAUUGCACUAUAUACAAUUAUUUUAGAAACUUUGGAAGCUGCCUGUUUUCUUCCUAUUCAACUUUUUGUUUUUCACAUGUUAACUUCAAACAUUUACUUUUUAAAAAUUAAUGUAGCCAUGAUAUCUGGACAGUUAUUUUGUAGGGAUACUGUUUGAGUCACAGCUUUUCUGGAAUGUUACUUGCAAGUUGCAUAAUGAAACUAUCUAUGUGAGGAAAUAAAGUACUAAGGUUAUUACCUGCAUGUAAGGCUUGUUAUUUACCUAAAAUUAGGAUGAACUAUUUGUUAUGAACUAUUUGUUAUGAACUAUUUGUUGUGAUUAAAAUUUUGAAACAGUU